CUACAGUGUCUAUGUAAUGUAGAUAAAUGUGAGGAUUUUCUCUAAAUCCCUCUUCUGUUUGCUAAAUCUCACUGUCACUGCUAAAAUCAGAGCAGAUAGAGCCUGCGCAAUGGAAUAAAGUCCUCAAUAUUGAAAUGUGACAUUGCUCUCAGCAUCUCACCUCUCUCUGGAUUUCUUUUCUUUUUUUUUCCUCAUUAUUACUGCUAACCAAUUCAUUUCCAGAGUUUACACUUAAGAAGCAAUGGAUAAAAUCAACAGUCUUUCAACACAAUUAUUUAAGUGCUGCUUUUGUGAUUUCUUGAAGGUGAAGAUGCACACUGUGUCCUACGUUCAUCUCUUCUACUUUGGCCUGUGUUUGUUCACGUUAACCAGUUCUGCUGCUGCUGCUGCUGGCCAGGAGACACUUUGUGGAGCUGAGCUGGUUGAUGCUUUACAGUUUGUGUGCGGAGAAAGAGGUUUCUAUUUCAGUAAACCAGCAGGAUAUGGAAGCAAUAGACGUGUAAACCCCAGCAAAGGGAUAGUAGAUGAAUGCUGUUUCCAGAGCUGUGACCUGAAGCGGCUGGAGAUGUACUGUGCACCUGCCAAACCACCCAAAUCAGCACGGUCUGUACGUGCUCAGCGCCAUACUGAUAUGCCUAAAGCACAAAAGGAAGUGCAUUUGAAGAACACAAGUAGAGGAAGCACAGGAAACAGAAACUACAGAAUAAUCAGCAGAGAGCGUGCGUCGGCUCUCUUAAAUCCUCACUGAUUCUUUCAGCCCAACCCCCAAAGCGCUCCGCCGGCACAAGCCCCAUUGAGGACUGGAGCCUUAAGCAAGGAGCUUGCCUGCAUCAAACUUACACACGGGCAAGCUUCCUUUUACUAUACAGUAAAUGAGAACAACUUUUACUUUGAGGUAUGACAGAGGGACUCUGACGCAUAUCUAACCAAUCUCAAGUGUUUACCCGAGGAAAAAUCAAUUGCAACCUAAGGAGAGCUGUGAAGCAACUGAAGCAACUCGCUGGUACAAUCGAGCAUGUUUUUUUCUGCAGAGAUCUGCCAGCCAAACACAAGAGUUCUUAGUGAUAACCUGUUCCUUUUUAAAACCAAAAUAAAAUCAGAAUGUGAUGAGGUAUGUUAUGGAAGUCUUGGGAGGCUUUGGAAUUCUACACACUUUUUACUUGUGCAUCCUCAGAGGGUAAGAUGACCGAAAUGACAUUUAAACUUCCAGUGUCAUCUGCCUGAGUCCAAUAGAUUCUACUCUUAGAGCCAACUUGACUUGGUGAUACCUGGAUCCAUGACCUCAUACAAAUCUAGGGUGUCAUAGGUAUCCCUCUAGCUUAUUCUUCUGCACUUAACUGCCAAAGCAAUACAUGUUGAGAUUAAUAUUCAAAAUGUGUCCCAAAAGACUACUGUUUCAGAGAAAAAUAUGAGUGGGUCCCUUGUUUCUUAGGCAAAGAGUCUGAUCAAUAGCAGUUUUUAGAAGGGACUGGAAUGUAUGGAGGCAUUUGCAUUUUUUAAAAAAAAACAUUAAUCCACAAAGCCAUUGUUUCUAAUGGUAAAAACAGGACAGUAAUGAGGGACAGAUUUGCUCACGUUGGUGCAAAUCCUGCCAUGGUAAAUGGGCAACGUUCCAGCACAACGCGUUGUAGGUUGGGCUGUAAAUGUCUGGAUUUGUAUGUUUAGCUUUUCCCUGUUAUCUUGCAAAAUGAAAAGUGUCAUGAUAUGAUGACAGUUAAAUAAUAUUUCAUACUGUGUAUGUAACAUAACUAUGUUGCAGAACUACCCCACCCCACCCUACCCCGACCACCACCAUACCAAUUACUUCAACAAUACCAUUCAUCUGGUUAUUCUCCCCAUAUAGCACUUGUAGGUUUUCAUGGACACGCUACAAAUCUAAGCAUCUUAAUACAACAAAACGAACCUUGCCAGAACAGGCCAUAGAACCAUUUAGCUAGGUUCACCAAUGUAUGCAAACUGCCUAACAUGGUCAACAUCGCUCCAUCAACAAUGUGUAUCCAUGCUUCCUAAAAGCCUCUUUAUAUGUCUUUAUCAUAAUCAAUACAAAAGAUCUCAAGAGUUAGCUGUCAGAUUUUCAUUCUUUUUAAAAACAAUCUUCAUUGACGGCAGUAAAAAAGGGCUCGGUCAUACUGUACUCAUUCAUAAAGACUACAUCAACCUUUGGUUUGUAGAAUGUACUGAAAUGUUUGUCAACCCUCUUGGGAUCCAGUCCAAAAUGUGAAUCAUUUACUGUAAGAGGGUAUCUUUCUAAUGUAUUUGUAUGUAUAGUUUACACCUCUGUGAGGUCUAAUAAAGAGUAAUGGUUAA